AUGAAGAACAGAGGAAAUCUUGUUCUUGGAGUACUCCUUUACUUUCUGGUCUUUCUUGGAUUGAGCUGCCAUGCUACGCAGGGAGAUGUUCUUUGGCGUUUAAUGUGGGAAAAGGCCACUGCAGAGCCAAAAAUAGGUGGUUCUAAGCUCUCUGUUACCAGCGAACGACGUUUUCUCUUGAGUGAAGUUGUUAAACCACAAGCAGGAUUGAAAGAGAAAGACAAGAUUGAUAUGUUACCAGGGCAACCUAGGAAGGUAAACUUCAAUCAGUAUGGAGGUUAUGUCACAGUUGAUGAAAAAAUAGGACGAGCCCUUUAUUAUUACUUUGUUGAAGCUGAAGGUCCCAAGGAUACCUUGCCUCUUGUUCUAUGGCUCAAUGGAGGCCCUGGCUGUUCUUCUGUGGGAUAUGGAGCAAUGGCAGAAGUUGGACCAUUUCGAGUGAGUAGUGAUGGGAAAACGCUCUACCAGAACCAAUAUGCCUGGAAUAAAGUGGCAAAUGUUUUGUUCUUAGACUCACCAGUAGGUGCAGGCUUCUCAUACACAAACUCCUCAUCCGAUGAGCAAGUGAAUGGAGAUGAAAGAACAGCCAAUGAUGCUUAUGUCUUUUUGGUAAAUUGGCUAGAGAGGUUUCCUGAAUACAAGAACAGGGAAUUCUAUAUAGCUGGGGAAAGCUAUGGUGGACACUAUGUACCUCAGCUUGCACACACCAUUAUCCAACAUAACAAGGAAGCAAAACAACCCAUCAACCUUAAAGGAAUUGCAAUUGGCAAUCCUAUGGUCCAUGAAGAAGAUGAUGGUGCUUUGGGUGGACAUUUCUUUGAAUUUAUGUGGUCACGAGGUUUCGUUUCAGAAAAGACUAUAGAUUCAAUCCGCAAAGGCUGUGAUUUUUCACAGCCUCCAUUCAGAAGGACGAAAGCUUGUUUUCGGAGCAUGUAUGAAGUCAUCGCACCCCUCGAGUUUGUUUUUAUGGAUAACAUAUAUGCCCCUCUCUGCGAUCAUCAUCUCACUGCCAAACCCAUGUAUACUUCGCUUGAUUCCUUUGAUCCUUGUAAUGACAUCUACGUGACAGCUUAUAUGAAUCGUCCUGAAGUCCAAAAUGCCCUUCAUGCCAAUGUUACCAAGAUCAACUAUCCCUGGGAAGAGUGUAGAUCUUUGAAUUGGACGGAUGGGGCAUUCAGUGUUUUACCACUAUUUACAGAAUUUUUGGAGAAUGAAAUCCGAGUUUUGGUUUACAGUGGCGAUAUAGAUGCUAAAAUUCCAAUGACUUUCACUCAAACUUCAUUGAAGAGGCUUAACCUCUCAGAGGCAACUCCAUGGUAUGCUUGGGACUCAAACUCAGAGAUUGGAGGAUUUAGUGUAGUGUAUGAAGGGGGGUUAACAUAUGCUACAGUUAAGGGAGCAGGUCAUGAGGUUCCAAGCUACCAACCAAAACGGGCAUUUGUACUUAUCAAAUCUUUCCUCGAUGGCGUCCCUCUUCCUCGUUUACACAUUAAAGAGUACAGUGAUCCGGAAGUUUAA